AUGGACCAUGGACAUGAGGGGACCAAGGUCGUGUCCAAGCAAAUCAAGGGCGUUUUCGUACUGCAUUCAAUAAAUGAGUACAUUCGUUUCGACUGGCCGCGCCCGCCGCCGCCGUCCAGUGUGGACAUCGGCAAACUCCGAACGCGUCAUAAGCAGAGCGUCAUCAAGCGCCUAUACAUCGAGUCACGAGCCGUAUUCCUCCAGUCUGACUCCCACCGGGUAUUCUUAUUUAAUGUUAGACUGUCUCGCUUGGUUCGUCCGAAACAGAUCAACCGUCUCGUCAACCACGCCCACCAGAUCAAAAUCGCCUGUCGUCCUUAUGUGGCACCACGGUCAUCCAAAAGCGCGCCCCUUCCCCCGCGCACAACAUACCGUUCUCUAGCCGACAAGAGCGUUGCCCUCUUGUUCUCAAAACGCAGCACCCGCACGCGACUCGCGACGGAGACGGCCGCGACUAUGCUGGGAGGUAAGGCGCUCUUCCUAGGGAGGGAAGACAUCCAGCUAGGUGUCAACGAAACAGUGCGCGACUCUGCGCGAAUCAUUGGCGGGAUGUGUGAGGGUAUUGUCGCGCGAGUCGGUGAUCACUCUGAGAUAGAGGAACUAGCCAAGCAUUCGCCCGUGCCCGUGAUGAACGCCUUAUCCUCACUAUGGCACCCAACCCAGACUCUAGCGAACUUGCUCACCCUCCAUGAGCACGCGCACCUAUUCGACAAGUCACUAGCGCCGCCUUCUCAAGCACCGUCUGAGAGCCUCCCGCCGCUCCCGCCGUUGACCAUUGCCUACGUCGGCGAUUCCGCGAAUGUGCUACACGACAUGUUAGUCACGUACCCUCGACUAGGUCACAAGAUGCGCAUUGCAUCACCCGACAAGCCUCAGUACCGUGCGCCGGCAGCGGUCUGGGAUCGUGUAAGGCAGUUGAAGUGCGACAAGGACAUCUGGUGGGGCGUUGAUCCGCGCGAAGCCGUCAAGGGCGCGGACAUCGUCGUCAGCGACACGUGGAUCUCUAUGGGUCAAGAAGCCGAAUACGCGCAGCGAGUGGCCGACUUCGCUGGGUAUCAAGUCACGGAGGCGUUGUGUGCCGAGGGUGGCGCUAACCCGGAGUGGAAGUUCAUGCAUUGCUUGCCGCGCAAGCCGCAUGAGGUUGACGAUGAGGUCUUCUACGGCCCUCGUUCGCUAGCUUUUCAAGAAGCGGAUAAUCGCCGAUGGACCACCAUGGCUGUCUUUGACCUCUUGUUCGGGCAAUGGGAAAUCUAG